CGUGCCGCAGCGUCUCCGCGCGCGGCACUGAGAGAACAUCUGUUGGGACAUAAUUUUACACAACAGCAGAAGGAGAAAAAAAACGCUCUGUCCUCCUUCACCUCCGCCGAGGAGCGACCAGACGUUACACAUAAGCGUGUAAAUGGAGUUUCAGUCGCUGUCGUGACUGCUGUUCGCCGCCUCUCACUCUGCUCAACAUUCUGCGUUCAAGCCGCAGCAGCAUCCAAACCUCCGCAACUCUCCACCGCGCAGACAUGGGAACCGUUCUCUCUAUAUCUCCCGCGACCAAGAAGGCGUCGAUCAUGGAUGCCGAGGUCGCAGGAGACGGAGGGAAAAACGACAAGAGCCUCAAGCGCCACUCCAUGUUCGUGUCUCUGUCCUGGAAGAAGCUGGUGGCUAGUUCGGCCAAGAAGAGCGCAAAGAAAGUGACCCCGAACCCGCUGCCCACUCGAGAGCUGCCGUCCAGCCAGGUGGCUCAGCUCAACAGCGAAAACGUGAGGAAAACGCACCAGACCGAAGAGAAGAAACCGAAAGCGCCCAUCCCCGUCCCGGUGCCCACGGUCCCCACGCAGAACAGCGAGUCUGUCGUGCAGAACGGGAGGCUCUCCUCGGUCCAGAAGCAGCCCAGCAGCGUGUCUCUGGUGUCACCCAGGCGGAUAGUCAUCCAGGCUUCAACCGGCGAGCUGCUUCGCUGUUUGGGGGACUUCUUGUGCCGCAGGUGUUACAAACUGAAAGAGUUAAACAGCGGAGAGGUGAUCCUCUGGUUCCGAAACAUUGACCGGACUCUUUUGCUCCAGGGCUGGCAGGACCAAGGCUUCAUCACGCCGGCCAACGUGGUGUUCGUGUACCUGUUGUGCGAAGACACGAUAUCGGACAGCACCGACAGCCCAGCCGAGCUGCAGGGCACCUUUCAGACUUGCCUCUACCUCGCCUACUCGUACAUGGGCAACGAGAUCUCCUACCCGCUCAAGCCGUUCAUGAACGAGACGAACAAGGACGUUUUCUGGGAGACAUCGCUCCGGAUCAUCAACAGGAUGAGUGCCAAAAUGCUUCAGCUGAAUGCAGACCCACACUUUUUCACCGAGGUUUUCCAGGAUCUCAAAAACCAGCGCGACAGCAGCGAGUCGAACCUGGACCGCUGACAUGGAAGCGAACAGACACUGGUCUAAGAUGAAUGUAAAGAAAUCACACAGCUGUGGUUUUGGACGGAAAGGCCAACCUGGAAGGAUUCUCCUGGCUGGGCUGAAAUUGUCUCUCAUGAUGUUACACAACUUCAGUGUGGUGUUUAGGCUACAGUUUAAGAAAUCUCAUAAAUGCAUGCCAGUUGUAAUAUUGUCCCUCUUUUGUCUCGUCUCUUGGGUGACGCAGGGGUUGGCACUUGAAUCUCCAUUUCAUUCAAGAUUAGCCUAUAUUGUGAGUUAGUGAAUGGAUGUGACAGUGAGAUGAGGUUCCAGGCAGGACCGGAAUAGUUGUCUGAGCCAAGUUAAGAGGUGGAGCUGUCCGAGGUGCUGACCUGUGCAGCCAUUUCUACUCCAUCCCUGCUGUUCAGUCACUUUUCCACAACAGAGCCAAGCUUGGCUUAGAGGACCAAAAUCAGCCCAGUACACUUUCAGCACAUAAGCCUAAGCCUUGUAAGCAGAGCCAGUAUAUAUGUGCUUUUUAAACAUCUCCGUCAGCUGAUAAGUAAGCUGCUGAACAUGCAUACCAGUGGGUUAAAAACACAUUGCCUAGAAUAACUGUAGAUACGAGUCUGUAGGGAACAGAGCUACAAAACUAUCGUUUCAGUCUGUACACACUGGCUCGAGGUACACAAGGUCCACCUGCAGAAAAAAACAAAAACACCACCACCAUACUUUAUGUGUGACUUUUUAACAUCUGGUUGGCAUGCAGCCGUUUUCAGUUCCUCAUGAAAUGAACAGCAGUCUCAUUUUGCAUUAGCAGUGUGAUUCUGUAGUAAUGUACAAAGGCUUUUGCUUCAAGUGGAACAUGAGGACAAGGGGCAGAGGUGCCCCACAUGAAUGUGAUAUGUUGCACUAAGAGAGCCCCUGAGCGGGCAAGGCCUCUUUUGUGCAUUGCUUUCCAAACUGUGUUGGCCACUGCGAUGUACUGCUUUGCAACACAUUGCAGAGGUCAACUGAAGACUGAAUCGAUUGUACAGGUUUUCUUUUGUUUUUUCAGGAGAUUUAGUUUUUUUGGUUUUAUCUCUAUGUGUGCCAACUAAUGAAUGGCCUGAAACUCUAUGGUUUACAUGUACAUAACCCAUGUUUUUGCUCUUUUUUUCCCCCUCUACCUGUUUUGAAGGUCGGUAUGUACAAUGUAGUUAGAGCUUAAUGAUCAAAAGAUUUCGUCCUGUGCUGUAAUUGUGCUGUUUGCCUCCAUUUGCUGGCUUCAGUUCACUUUCAGUGCAGUCGAUUCAGGAUUCUUCAAAGUACAAAUAUUUAAUGUAAAGAUCUCAUUAUGGAGUGACAGGAGAGUAUACUUUGCACACAUGUCAUUGCAGUUUCUAUAAGUUAAACGUGAUCUGACUCUGAAACCAAACCUACAGCUCAGUCCUGUUGUGGUCCCUCUGGGUGAUCAUUGUGAUGUGGUGUUGUGAAUCCAUUGCUUGGAAAGUGAAUUAAAAUGCUGCUAUUUUGCACAGCUGUGAACAAACCUUUGAUGUUUUUGCACAGUGCUAUAUGAUAAUGGUGAUGUACCAGUGUUUCCUCUCAGGCACUGGAGUGUUUGCCAUUAUGUUUGCAGUUACUGUGACCAGCUCUUGCUCUAGGAUGAUCUUCUGUGAAAAAAAUAUUUUGUACAGCUAAUUUUUCCUAAAUGUCAUCAAGGAAAGUGUUAUUUAGGUGUGUGUGUGUGUGUGUGUUGUCUGUGGAGUUGUACCACAGCUGCAUUCACUCUCUCUACAUGUUAAUAAAAGGUCAGUACAGUAAUUGUUUAUGGUGACCAUGUUGAAAUAAAUCCAGACUUAUUAGGGA